AUGAAUGAAGGAUAUAGCUUAAACACUGAUUUUGAUGCUGUUUUAAAUUUAAAAAACAUAAAUCUACAGCAAUUUGAUUUUAACAAAGCUUUAGAUGGUAUCAGAAAACUGAAUGAUAAACACACGAAUGAUCUUAUAACUACUUUAGAUAAGAAGAAUACAUUGCAGUCAACCAUUAAGGACUUGACCGAAUCCACUUCCAAAGUUUUAAGAGAAGAUACAAAUGAAUUUGUAGAAAUACAAAUAAAUCAAAUUUCGUUUAAUAUUAUUAAUAAUGAUGUGACCGACGUUUACAACAAAAUAGAAGAAUCAAAAGAUACACUCUAUGGCCUUAGGACUGAGAAAGCACGGCUCGAAAAUUUACUGGCAACUAAAACUGAUGAAUAUGAAUCUUGUUUAAGGCAGAAGAUGCUCCAAGAUGUUUGGUCGCUAAAACUGUCGUAUUUACAACUUUUACUGGGCAUCACAAUAUCGAAUGAAGACGGUUCGAUGAAAAUAUCAUUCUCAAGGCUAAGUAACUCCAAUCCAUAUCGCAGUUGUUACAUCGUACUUAAACUCACUGAUGAUAAGUUUACUGGAAUAUCUUGUGAACCGAAAUUAAAAAAUUACUCAAAAUACGUUUCUGAUUUAAAUAAUGGCUUGGAUUUCGGUUCAUUUCUGUGCUUAGUCCGUCAAUCGUUUAAAACUACCUUGUAG